AUGAGUCUCACCAGUCAACAGGUUACACUCGAGCUUGGAGGCAACUGUCCAUUCCUAGUAUUUGAUGAUGGUGAUCUUGACCAAGCUUUGGCUGCCCUGAUGGUUCUGAAGUGGCGCACAGCCGGUCAGGCAUGUACCCAUGCAGACCGUGUCCUAGUCCAAAGAGGCGUGUACGACAAAUUCUUGUCCAUGCUAGUCCGUGCCACAAAAGAACUUCAUGUUGGCCAUGGCGCAGCUCCAUCCACCACGAUGGGAGCAUUAACGACAUCUCGCGGCUUGGAUAAGAUGGAACGCCACAUCGCCGAUGCUGUCUCCAAGGGCGGAGAAGUAGUUUGCGGGGGAAAGAGAUUAACAGACUUGCCAGGAAACUUUUUCGCUCCUACAAUCAUCUCCGGAAUGACAUCCUCUAUGCUGACUAGCCGUGAAGAGAUCUUCGGUCCACUUCUUGGGCUAUAUUGCUUUGGUACAGAGAGCGAGGCUAUUCGAAUGGCAAAUGACACUGACAUGGGCCUUGCGGCUUACUUCUUCACCAAAGAUGUAAGCCGGUCAUGGCGGUUGCUUGAGGGCCUUGAAGCUGGAAUGAUCGGUGUAAAUACCGGAAACGCUUCCGGGGCUGAAUCGCCUUUUGGGGGAAUCAAGGCAUCGGGUUAUGGCAAAGAAGCGGGUAAAGACGUCGCGAUAGAAGAAUACCUAGUUUCGAAGACAGGGACUCUGACCGUCGAGCCUCUUUCGAGACUUUAG